AUGGACCACGACGAGGAGCGGUCCCUCUCCCUGGGGACGGAGGUCUCCGCCUCCGUGCCCCCGCCGAGUCCGCUGACGGGCUGCUACCUGCUCGCCGUCAUCGGCGAACCGCACACGCAUGAGCACAAGGAGAUUAUCCUGCAGCGCCUGGUCAAAGGUGAGUGGAGCGCCCCUGCCCCCUCUAUGCCCCCGCACCCCCCACUGACAGCUGUCAAGCCGGCGCGCAGCACCGGCCGGCGCGCGUUUGUUGUCCCUCCUCUCGCCGCACGCACGAGUCACAACACACUUUCACCGGCGAUGUUACGUGUAUCAGUUCUUGUUGGACCCAUCGCUAGGGCUACGAAGGCGUCUUGCUAUUAUGACAGAAGGUACAGGGCUGUCAACAUGCCGGCCGGCGGGCCGCUCGUUACGUCACCGGUGGCGUGGUUAGGUGUUCCCACUGCGCUACCGGCGCGGAUUGAUUGGAUGAUUGUUCGAUUCGACCGAGCCCCCGACAUGCUACCAAAACGGGGAAUUAGCAAGGCUAACGGCACCUUUCCUGAAUCUUUAGUCUCAUAU